AGUAGAGAUGUUUUUCUCGGAAGAUAUGUAUGUAAAGAAAUUAACUGAAAAAUUCGUUGAUCUGUUGGCUUGUGCUACAGAUAUGCUGAUAAGAGCUGUUAAAAGUAUUCCAGAUUCAAUGAAUGAAAUAGAAGCGAGGAAAUUUGUAUUUACUCAGCUGUUCAGUCAGGCUCAAAUUAAAGAUCUUUCAGUUCACUUUGAUGAAAAGGGUAGUAAUUUCCACACUGAUUAUGUUCUUAAGCGUAAACCAGAUGGAAGUUACGAUGUCAGUUUCAACAAAGAUGUAAUUCUUAAAGCACUUAAAAACUACGAUACACUAAUGCCGGAUCCCAGCGGUGUGUUUUCUGGACCGGCUUAUUUCUUGUAUGGGAAUCGUUCUUUCAUGAACGUUGAAGCUGAUGAAGAGAAUAUCAAAAAACAUUUUCCGAGUGCUGAACUCAUAAAAUUUGAAGGAGUUUCUCACAACAUUCAUAUAGAAGAUCGAGAAAAGUUUUUAAGUAUUAUUUUGGAUCGUUUGACACAACGAAAAUGUUGAUUAAUAUCACGAAGCUAUUUUAAUGUAUUCAUAAGAAAUAAAUUUCAAUAAAAAAUAUUCUUACUUUCACACAGAGAACAAAAGUAUGCUUACAAUUACCAGAAUAUGUUAAAAUUUACCGUGUUUCUGGCUUUAGGGGAACACCAGUAUGUACACCAGUAAGUGUUACCGAAGGACUUAGUUAAUGAUUUUAGCAAAAUUGACAGUAUAAAUAUGAUUUUAGAUUUUUUAAUAUAUGAAAAAAUUUCUUAACUGAGGCAAAAUUUAAAAAUUCUUUCAUGAUAUCUUUGAGCAUGGCAUACGAACCAUUUAUUUAGUUUAAUUUACU